GUAAAACAAAAGCAGCACCCCAUUUCCAAAAGAGAAAAAAAAAUCGUUCUUGAUGUUUUAGUGGAAGUCCUGCCUAUAACAAUGGAUGAACGAACGAGUGACAGCUCGCUGGAAAGCAGAAGGAAAGAUGACCGUCGCUCGUCAAAAAAACACAAAUACCGUAAUGAAAACCGACACAAAAAGAAAAGCCACAGGCAAGAGUCGCACAUCUCAUCUGACGAUUACCGACCCAAAGAAAGAAAGCGGCAUAAAAAAGAAAGUAAAAGGGGUUGUCGGAAAGAAAAGAAACGCAGAGACGGGGAGCGGAGCAUUGGAGACUCGGAUCCCUUGCGUCGAAAUGCUCAACUUGCCGAUGCGCUGUUUAACGUGUUGGAGUUGCACCCUUUAAUGGCUACUGAUCUUCCUAUUAUGUUGGUCCGUCUAGGAGGAGGGGCAUCAUUCGACUUGACUUCAAUGACCGACAGGAGUGCCGCGACCUCUCUUGAGAAUCUAUUUGAGCAUUUGGAGGCUUUUGGAAUGCAUCGGGACUCUUUUGGUGCAUGGAUUUGGAAAGAUUCCAUUGUCAAGUUUGAGAAAGUCGAAGAAAGGAGAGAGGACAAGGCAAUUGUAAAGCACCAAAAGUCGUCAAGCCGUCAGUCAAAAAUAGACAAAGUCCUGACAAGUAAAGCAGAAUCUAUCCUGGGCACUUCAAAGGACAAAGGGUUGCAAAACGACUUGAUUGUUCUCUGCAAAAUGAUAAUGAAUGGGGAGAACGUUGCGCUAGAUGGAUUACCGGACAAAAAUCUUAAAGAGUCUUUGGAGUCUCUUUUGCAGCAAUGUGGACUGGAAAAGGCAGAAAUUGAAGACUCUGACAGCGAGGAAAACGAAAUUUCUGAGCCAAUCUACGGAUACGGGCUACCUGAAGAUGGCACUGAAGAAGCCUUGCGACAGCUGAAUUUGAUUGUAUAUGCAUGCACUUCGUUUGCAGCGCGGGCUAUGAAUGACCGCCGUCCUUUAAAAGGUCCGUUACUGAAUCCCACCGAUUAUGAGAAAUUAGACCAAAUGGGAAAGAACAAGGAGGGUGAGCAGGACUCGAGCGACGACGAAGGACCAGCUCCGCUAGGAGCACAGUCGAAAGAAUCGGCCUAUUCUACAGAGGCAAUCUUAGCGGAGGCAAAAUUGCGCGACGUUGAAAUGCAGCAAGUCAAAGGCAUUGCUGUUGUCCGGGAAACAGAUCCAUCGAUUCGAGAGGAGUGGAUGCUUGUUCCAGGUAAAUUCGACUUUCUUAGUUCUAUCAAGUCUGGACAAGCUCUGAAAAGCCGAACAUUUCGGGGCGAAAAUAUUCAAGCUGAAAUGGAUUCUAUCAUGCAAGCCCAUUCUGAUGCACGAGGUCCAUCCCUAGUGGAGCAACAUCGUCAAAGAAAGGCUGAAGUGGCGGCCGACGCCGACGACAACAAGUCGUGGAAGUGGAACCGGGAUAAUGAUUUGGAUUCGGGACGACGAGUGGAUAAAAACGCGUUGAAUAUGGUACUGGGAGGUGCAGCGGGUUUUCUGGAAGAUAAUUAUCAGAGCGCGUUAUCGUUUAAGCACUCUUCGCUUUCGUUUACGUCUCCUAGGUUUGCUGAAUUUUUUCUUCAAGUCCUGAAAGUAUUCGGUCAGCAUCUUUUCGACUUCGUCAUCGCGUCCCUUACGAUAACCAGCCAUGAACUCUUUCAGUGA